GUACAGGACCAGUCACGUACAGUACAAGAUCAGCCAUGUACAGUACAGGACCAGUCACGUACAGUACAGAACUAGCCAUGUACAGUACAGGACCAUCCAUGUACAGUACAGGACCAGCCACGUACAGUACAGGACCAGCCACGUACAGUACAGCAUCAGCCACGUACAAGAUAAACCAUGUACAAGGUGGAGGAGAUACGAGAGAUGAUAGAGAAGAUUCAAAACAAUGUAGAAGAGGUGAAAAAGAAGCACAGCGAGAUCCUCUCGGCGCCACAGACCGACGAAAAGGUGAAGCAGGAGCUAGAUGACAUGAUGACAGACAUCAAAAAGACGGCCAACAGAGUCAGAGCUAAACUUAAAGUAAUUGAGCAAAAUAUUGAGUCCGAAGAACAUGUGAGUAAGGCGAGUGCGGACUUAAGGAUAAAGAAGACUCAACACUCUACACUGAGUCGCAAGUUUGUGGAGGUGAUGACCGAGUACAACCGCACUCAAACCGACUACCGUGAACGUUGCAAGGGCAGGAUACAGAGGCAGCUUGAAAUUACCGGGCGCAAUACUACUAGUGACGAGUUGGAAGAUAUGUUAGAGCAGGGCAACCCAGCUGUCUUCACACAAGGGAUCAUCAUGGAGACCCAGCAAGCAAAACAGACUUUGGCAGACAUCGAGGCUCGACAUGCAGACAUCGUCAAGUUGGAGACUUCCAUCAGAGAGUUGCAUGAUAUGUUCAUGGAUAUGGCCAUGUUGGUGGAGAGUCAGGGUGAACUGAUGAAUAGGAUUGAGAAUCACGUACAGGAAGCACAGGACUAUGUCGACACUGCCAAACAGGAUACUAAGAAAGCCAUCAGAUACGAAAGCAAAGCACGGCGGAAGAAAAUUAUGAUCAUCAUAUGUAUUAUAGUUUUGUUGUUAGUUGUUUUUAUUAUCUUAGGAAUAAGUUUUUCAUAGAGCAGGUAGUUUGGUAGUGGGUGUUGAGAGACUGUCCAGGUAGCACUGGCCAUUUAGGUACUUUUCCAUGGUUGUACUGUGCUCAUUGGGGGAACUAGUGUUUUGGCUUUUGUUUACUUCAGGAGACUUCUUGUUCAGAACCUUGUUUAGAGUGUUUUGAUUUCAAUCAAAAGUCAUAAUAAGGAUUAGAAUUUUGUAAAAUUGUAAAUUUAGGAUUUUAAAGUCUCAGGAGAUUAGAGGUGAUUAGACUAUCCUUAUAAUUUGCAAGACUUUGAAAAAGAAGCAAAGAACUUUUAAACAAGUACAGUAUCAUCAUUAUCACCAUAUCAUUCACAAUUUUGUUCACCGAUGGAGUAACUUGGUUGUUCUGCAUAUCAGGUUUAAUUUUAUACAGUAUGUAGGAAUAAACAUUAGUAAAAUUGUGUGCCUAGAUAAAUGCAUAAAUUAUAAAAGCAAUAUAUUUGAUGUGAACCAUAUGGGUUCAGGCUGCCCAGUAAUUAAGAGUAGUUUCACAACCUGAUGCUUUCCUAGCGAUAGGUGGCACAUGUAGCAGAUAAAGGCCUCUUGCCGUAAGCUAAUGCUAUUAAAUAUAUAAAUUGUCAGUCAGAAGAAUUCAUCAAAUAUUUUUUUUCUGUAUACACUGGUAUUGGCAAAUUAGAAACUAUUUUCUUUAAGUGUUUGCAAGUACUAUUUGAAUGGAAGUAUGCAGUCAUUAUAUGUAAAAUAACCAUGGUGUUAAGAUGUUUGUAUGGAAGUUGCUACAGAACAUACAAUAUGUGCCAAAUAAAAGUCAUAAUUUUUAGACUUUGGUGAUUCUUCACUGUUCAGCAAUUUUGAGGUGGUAACUACUGAUGAGGGCCAGUAUGCAAGACAAAUUUGGCUGGUCUUCGUUAUGAAAAGUUGGUAUGAGUGUUGUCUAGUCCACUUAGAGGGUUAUCAACUUGGUUGCUGGAUUUCACAAUUCAGUAAUGGAUUGGGUGUUUAAAUACCUGACUGCAAGUAGUCUUUUUCGAUGCCCAUAUUGGGAGGUCGUUGUGAAGGACUCAGAAUAUCCAAUGUGCUGUUUAGCUGCACACUUUGCUUUAGUCAUCAAUUCCAUCAUGACGGGUAAACUGAAGUGUUUCAUGCAAUUAGCAUCAAGACUUCCAAGUCUUUCAUUUUUGUCAUCCUAUUUUAUGGUAUUUAAUUGAUUAAUGUAAAAAAAGAUAUUUUAUCCUGUGUGGAUUCCAUUAUGUCAUAUAUACACUACUUUAAACUAAAACAAAAUAUAAUCCAUAUAAAGCUAUAUCCUACUACUGUAUGUUACCAGUUUAAGUGAAAGCUAAAAGUACAGUUCAAACAUUGUAGCAUUUAAUAACAUCACUGAAGUAUGUGCAUUUUGAUAGAAUGAAACUAAUAUGAUCUACUGUUAUACAGUAUUUAAAAAUAAAUAUUACUACGUACAGUAAUGUAUAUUCAUGAUGUGAUAGACACAAAGUACUGGUAAGAGAUUUUAAUUAGGUCAGUUUGUAUCACCUCAUGCUUUUGUUAUUGUUUCACUAUUUAUUGUUAUUUUAUAUUAUUUUUAUUAUUAUUGUUAUUUUAUUUAAAUAUUAAAAAAUCCACACAGGAUCCUAAUAUGUUUAUAUGUAUAGGCUAACUGGAGUUGUCACAUCAUAAGUUAUCCUAACCAACCAAGGUACUAACUGGUACUAACAUUAACAUAUCCAAAUACAGUAUAACACUAAGUUCCCAUUUAAGUAGACAAGCAUACUGUGACUGUAUAAUAUGACACUUUUGGCACUGUAUUAUUUAAAAAAAAAAUUUGACACUUGGGAUUCAUCGUUUAUGUUUAAGGCAUCGUACUUUUCUUACACCAACGCAACAACCUCAGAGUGAUUGUUCGUCUGAGUUUUUGCGUGAAUUUUUAUUUAACAGCAAUAUCCUGCUGAUGUUUUGAUUUGGGUUUAUAGAAAGCAUGAUGAACUUUAAAAGUAUCAAGGUCACAGUAUUAUUAGUAAGUUCUAAUAACAAUGAAAUUGUCUAAUGUACAGUAUAAGGGACUGAUGAUGGUUGGGGGCACGAGAUGUAUACUACAAAAUGUGACCGGUGAUAGGAAAUGCUUUGGCUUGGAUGAUUGCACGAUAUUAUGAAUUGGGCCUCUAUACAUGCUUUUUACAUUGGUGAUGGUCUGCUUAAUGUAAAUUCUAAAUUUGCAGUUUUGUUGUCUAUUUGCACCAUUAAGUAACCAUAUGCAUGUCAUCUUAAAACAUAAAAUUAUGUUUCAUAUUGUUCAAGGGUUUGAAAAUUACACAAUGUAGUGAAGCUCACUAAUCAUUGCAAAACUAUAAAUGAAUUGGCAAUAGAAGUGUCUUUGCACAUACAGUACCAUAUAUAAUUGAGAUCUCUUUUAUGGCAGAAGAAAUUUUUUUCAUUAAAUAGUCAUCCAAUUCAUAUAUAGUACUGCUUUAUAAUUACUAGAAAUAUACUGUGAUGCCAAUUUAAUUUAUGCUUCUAAUAAGAUUUUAUUAUAAGAGUUUUGUGUCUUUCGUGUUAUUGUUGAGUUCUGCAAAAAAUUUAUAGAAUAUUAAUUGGAUUGGAAUAUGAUUUUAAGUCACACAUUGCAUUUGCAUGCAUUUAUUUUAAAUUUGCACGGAGUACAUGUCGGUUCAUGUAAAAUUAUACUACAGUAUAUAUAUCUGUAAUUUUUAUGCAUUUUUCCUAUAUUUUCAGCUGCAUGACAGCAUUGAGCACAUUGCAAAUAUAUAUAAUUAACAAAUGCAGUACUGUGCAUUAUUUUCACUGAAAACUUAUUUAAGAUGCUCAUUUUAAAAUUAUUUUAUACUUUUUGUGUUAUUAUAACAUUUUCAAUAUUCUUUUAAAGUUUAAUAUUGUUAAUUUCAUAUUUUCAUUUGUGCACAAUUAAUAAGUAGUGCAGUACAUUGCAUGAUAUUUGAAUAAUUUACAGUGCAGAUGUUUUUAAUUACCAAAAUGUUCUCUGCAGUAGAAUAAGCUUGCUGAUAUUCCAGUCAUAUUGUAUUUAUAGUCUUUUAGUUAUUAUUCAUAAUUUUUACAGGACAUUAUUUAUAUCUUUGCUCACAUUAUUCCUCUUGCAGAAAAGGUUGAUAUGCAUGUUCAUUGGCGUUGGCAUCUUGUUAAUCUUAACAGUUGUUCUGGCUGUCUACUUUUCAAGUUCCCCAUCUAAGCCCACUCAUACAGAAGGCACCCCACCAUCAUAGUAAUUAGCAGCAAGCAAUGGUUUUAUUUUCAAGUAGAAAUUCAAUUUAUUUUCCAUCUGUAGAAGUCAUUAAAUACCUGGAUUACUUGGUAAAGCUCCAGAGAAAACAUUAUUUAGUUUGCAAUAAGAAGUUCGUUCCUAAUUUAUUACUGAAAUAUUAGACCUGAAUGUCGAUCAUUCAACAAAGAAAAUAUUUUUCAAUGUUUAAAUAAAAUGUAUAUGAUGUAUAAAUGUGUAAUAUAUAUAAUGAUGAAAAUAUGAGGAUAGUUAGGAUUUUGUCUGUCUGUUUGAGAAAGUAAUCUUUUUAAUUAGAUCCCCCCAGAAUUUUAUAUUUUAACAAAGUGGUUUCAGUAUGUAUUUCAAGUGUGUUUGUCUUAAAUGUUAUCUCUAUGAAUAAUAACCAAAGAUAUUAGUGGUAAAUCUGUUAAGAAAUCUUAUUUAUUGUGUAGUGCCUCGCCUUUGUACAGAAGUGCCAAUGUAAAUUAUAGUUAGAUAUGCAAUUAGUGCAUUAGAAUAUAAUUUUUAAUUAAAAAGAUUAGGGUGGGGACCAUAGCUGAGCUGGUAAUAAUCUUGACUCAACCCAUAAGAAGGGAGUUGGAUAGGAGGACCAGCUUGGGUCAGAGAAAUAUCUCUGUGACGAGUUAAUCACUUAGUCACACAAACUCCCCAGACUAGUUAACCCUUCCUACUUGAAGGCUACCACCUUACAAAGUUGCAUAAAGGAAGAUUAGGAUCUUCACCCAUCUUUUUUUUCUCAUUGUGAGUGACAACUCCAGUUUGAUCAGUUAAUUAUUAAUUGUUUGAGUAUUCAAGUUUUAAGACUUUGUGUUUAAUAUUAUAAGGAGAAACGUGUAUGCAUGUUGUUAAAUAUUUUUAUUAUAUUAGGACAGUUAUCAUUCCUAACAAUUAGUUUUUUAUGUUUUAAAAUGAAGUGUUUGGUUUUGUUAAGAAGUGAUCACAAAGAUUUCUGCAUUUGUAAAGGAUAACUACUAUUCUUAAAAUGCAAAAAUUAUUUAUCCUUCAUUAUAGAUGAAAUUGUAUGGGAGUAAUGUGUCAUGCUUCAUAGUGCCUCAGUAAUACCAUUCUUUACACUUUAUCCAACUUAAUUUUAGCAUGGAAUUUUUACAACUUUUCAAGACUCCUCUAAUCUUUCAACACACACACACACAUAUA